AUUAUAUCCUUCGCCCGCUCAUUCAAAGUGGCGGCCGACGGCCCGACCACUUUUACUUUGUUGUUUAUUAAUCAAAUACGUAUACAUAUACAUAUACGUUAACUUUGGAGCCCAUAUAAAACGAACCAGAAAUAACGGUAGCGCGAGAUGCGAUCGGCGGUCGACCCUGUUUUUGCUUGUGCAAGCCGCCGCUCCUUUUUCUUUUGAAUGAAAUGUCACUAUCUCAGUGGCAAUGGGAGACUGCAACCGCCGGGGCCGUGGCGGGUUUCGCCACCGUAGCCGCGAUGUACCCUCUCGACAUCGUUCGUACCAGAUUUCAAGUUAACGAUGGUCGAGUCACCAAUUUCCCCGCUUACAAGAACACCGCCCACGCCAUUUUUACCAUUACUCGCUUAGAGGGUCUGAAAGGGCUUUAUGCUGGCUUUCUUCCUGCAGUUUUAGGAUCCACCGUUUCAUGGGGUUUAUAUUUCUUCUUCUAUGGCAGAGCUAAACAAAGGUAUUCUAAAAACAGAGAAGAGAAGCUUAGCUCUGGCCAUCAUCUCGCAUCUGCUGCUGAGGCUGGAGCUUUGGUUUCCUUGUGCACAAAUCCUAUUUGGCUUAUAAAAACGAGAUUGCAGCUCCAGAACCCUCUUCAUCAAAGUCGACGUUAUUCUGGCAUUUAUGAUGCCUUGAGAACCAUACUGAGAGAGGAAGGAUGGACUGCACUCUAUAGAGGACUUGGUCCAGGUCUGUUAAUGCAGGUUUCUCAUGGAGCUAUUCAGUUCACAGCAUAUGAGGAACUUCGUAGGAUAAUGGUUGAUUAUAAAGAGAAAAAGCAGAAAUCCGAAGGUGCCAGUAAUUUGUUGAACUCGUUUGACUAUGCUCUGCUCGGGGGGUCAUCUAAAAUUGCUGCAAUUCUUAUUACAUAUCCAUUUCAGGUUAUUAGAACUCGAGCACAGCAAAGACCUAGUAAAGAGGGAAUUCCAAGAUAUAUGAAUAGUUGGCAUGUUGUGAAGGAAACUGCCAGGUUCGAGGGUAUCCGCGGGUUUUACAAGGGGAUAACCCCAAACCUUCUGAAAAACGUUCCUGCUUCUUCGAUAACAUUUAUUGUUUACGAGAAUGUACUCAAAUUGUUAAGACCAAAAAGAAGGAAUGAUUGAGGAAGGCAUAUUUUGUUUUAUUCUUAGUUUUCUUUUACAUUCUUCACAUUGUACCAUACGAAGAUCAUAUAAUUUUUCUGCUAUCUUAUUGUUUUGCACUCAGUGGUGAAAUAGCUAUACGUGGUAGCUGAUUAUCUAUAAGCUUUUUUCGGAAAGCUACAUAUUGUGUGCCGCAAUACAUAUAGCCUAUAAACAACCCAAUUUUGAUCAGUGCACAUUACAAAAGAUUCAACACACCAACAUCAAAUAAUACAAUAUCAUAUUACAGAAAGAAAAAAGCUAAACAAAGUUCCAACUUAUUUUUGCAAUUAGUAUCAUUUACUUGUGAUUUGCACAUUUUGAUCUUAUUCGAUUUGAUUAUUAUACCAAAUUCAAUGUACCAUAUCAGAAGCGAUGCCCUUUGUCUGCCAAACCAAUAUUCUUCAUAGAAAUUGCUCGGCUCUUCCCCCUUUGCCCAUUUCAGCUAAC